AUGGCCAUGAGUAAUUGGAGAAUGCCUAAAUUUAGUUAUUACAUUAAUGAAGACGACGUAAACAUAAUAAUCCAAAUUCAAAGCGUUUUGGCAGCAGUUUGCGUACUCGGUAUGGUCUACAUGGCAAUUUGUUUCACAAAAAACCGCGAGAAAAUAAAAUCCUUAGUAGAUGAUAUCGAAGUAUUCGAAAAAUUCGCUGGGGUCGACGCAAUAAAAAUUGACCAAGAAACAAAUUUCUAUUCAAAACUAUUAAUUGGUUACUCAAUCGCCGGAAUGUUAAUUUAUUCGAUAGCUCCUCUCUUCGUUAUCGACUACUGCGAACAACACAAACCAAAAAGUAUGGAACAAUACGGAGUUCCUUGUUCGAUGAUUGUCCGUUUUAGGUUACCUUUUCGUUUUGAUAGUUGGCCAAUGCACCAAGUGGUUUUUUUAUAUCAAUUUUACGUUGGUAGCAUGACGUCGAUUUUGAUUGUAACGAUAACUGUUUUAAUUUGUGGGAUUAUGAUGCAUAUUGAAAAUCAAUUAAAACAUUUACAUCGAUUUAUGAUUGAUAUGGUUGUCAAGAAUAACAUAGAAGAAAGUCGAAGUCGUGUUCGCUUCGCCGUGCAAUAUCACAUUGAGAUAAUAGAGUAUUUAAAAAGGGUUAAUGAAGCUUUUGGAAGCCAAGUGGUUCUUCAUUUUACUUUAACAUCAUUUGUAAUUAGCGUUCUGGGAUUUGAAAUAAUAAUGGUUGGGAAUGUACCGGAAUCUUUACGCUAUACGUUACAUCUUUGUGGUUGGGUGGUUUUAUUGUAUCUUUUAAGCUAUUAUGGUCAACGUGUUAUGGAUGAAGGAUUUGAAGUUGCUAAUGCUGCUUAUAAUGGUCUUUGGUAUACGACUUCAGCGGAUAUUCAAAAAGAUAUUCGUUUGAUUAUAGCAAGAUCUCAACAACCUUUAACUUUAAAAGCUAUGUAUUUAGGUUCAAUGACGGUUAGCACAUUUUUGAAAGUAAUUUUUGAUUACAAAUACUUUCAAUCAAUAUUUAAAAAUGUUUUUUUAGGUGCUGAGUGA